AUGUCCGUUGUUGUCCCUCCCGUUCCUAUCGGUCCUGUCGGCCAGCCCGACAUCCAGUAUCUGCCUGAUCCUAUCAAGUACGCUGCUCGCACGGAGCGGCGACAGAAGGAGAAGCUCCAAACCACGCUGCCGGAGGGCUUUCCGCGGGAACUCCAGUCCGAUCUGGCCUGGGAUGGAAAGACGGUCGGCGAGGUAUAUGAUUGGAAUUAUCAUCUUACUCAAGACGACUUGGAGGAGGUCGACCAGGCUCUCCAGCACUUCAAGGGCAUGUCAACCUCCCUCUCAACAGACGUUGAGACUGACAAGACAGGUCUCAAUCUGCCCUUGGGUCUCGUCAACCAAGAGGCAUUCCCCCUGCCUAAGCUGCACGAUAAGCUUCGUGCCAUCUCCAAAGAAAUCCAUCAAGGCCGCGGCUUCAAGGUAAUCCGCGGCGUCCCCGUCGACCAGUACACACGCGAAGAGAACUUCAUCAUCUACGCCGGUCUCACAUCGCACAUUGCGCCGGUUCGCGGUCGACAGGACAACAACUGGCAGGGACAACCAGCGGACGUCGUUCUCGCCCACAUCACCGAUCUCAGCCGCAAGGUCGACACCAAGACCAUCAAGGCCCCGGCGUAUACAACUGAGAAGCAAGUAUUCCACACCGACGCAGGCGAUAUAAUCACCUUGUUUGCCCUUGAAGAGGCGGCUGAGGGAGGACAGAGCUACCUCUCCAGCAGCUGGCAUGUAUACAAUGAGCUUGCACGCACUCGGCCGGACCUCAUCCAUACCCUUGCUGAGCCGUGGAUCGCGGAGCAGGGCGCAGAGGUCAUCAGUCGUCCGCUGUUAUACCACCAGCCUCCGACUUCCGAUGCGCCAGAGCGACUGAUCAUCCAGUAUGCCCGUCGUGGGUUUACCGGGUACUGGGGUAAGCCUCGCGCUGCGACUCUGCCCCCGAUUACGGAAGCUCAAGCGGAGGCACUGGAUGCGCUGCAUUAUCUGGCUGAAAAGUCGGCGGUCGCUCUUGACUUCCACAAGGGCGAUAUUCAGGUCGUGAAUAAUCUGUCGAUUUUCCAUGCGCGGGCGGGCUUCACGGAUUCGGACGAGAAGAGGCGGCAUCUGGUAAGGCUGUGGCUUCGCGAUCCGGAGUUGGCGUGGGAGACGCCCGAGGGACUGAAGUCGCGGUGGGAAUAUGUGUAUGCUGCUGUUGAUGCGGAGAAGGCCGUCUUUCCUCUUGAGCCGUUUGUGAGGAGCCAGUAG